ACAUGACGUCGGUUGGUGAACCGCAUCUCAUGUAUCUUGAGGAGAGAGGAUCUGGAUUCCUCAAUGCUGUCCAUAGUGGGAGCUUAAUUACAACUGAAUAAUACUCAUUCAUUCACUUCUUCCCAUUGCCUCCCGCCUGUCUCAUCAAGGAGUUGGCUCUGUUUUCAUAUGGCACCUAGUAUCGUAGCACCUGGAGGUCAGCCACACAAACCUCACGAAGGCAAUAAGCCACAGCCGUUGGGAAAUUUUGGCCUGAUAUUCAUCUUCACCACUUGCACGUUGUGCUUGCUUUACUUAUUCUGGCGUCGCGCAAGUGCCCUGCGUGCAGUAGUAUCCCACCAACUACAAACGUGGACGAGGACGGAAGGCCAAAUCCGCCUCUCCGAGGACGACGGCCCAUCUGCUACCGAGUUCCUGACGGAUGCGGAUGAUGAAGAUGUCGGGAUAAUAGAUGAUGGUAUGAUCCUGGGUCAGGACGAAGAGCGACUCAGGAAUGAGGGGUCUGUCACCCUACCUUUUGUCAGGCCUGACUCCCCAUUAUAAAACGCAUAUUUUAUCACCUGUUUUGCCAUGGCCUGUCGCUU